UCACAUUUUUUUUUUUUCAUCUCUAAAAUUCAUUUUUUCUCCAAAAAAAUUUUACGAUUUGAACAAAUUAGAACAAGAAAGAACAGAAGAAGAACAAAAUCUUGAAAAUCUCAAUCAUCAACAGAUAAAUAUUAACAAAAAUUUAACAAAGAUUAGGCAAGCGAGAUAGAUUUCUUACAGCGUUUUCCAUGUCCAGAGCUUAUCUUUGAUUCCAACCCCACAACUCUAAAAUACACAGCGACAAUCAAAAAGUAAGUUUUGUGUUCCUGCCGGACUCCUUCCUUUCACCCACUCGACAUCAAACCCUCCAUCAUCCCCCUUUUUUUUUUUUUUUUUUUUUUUUUGUCUUAAUCGUUCAUCAGAUCCAGUUUUGUUCAUCAUCGAUCAUUAGUUUCGCUGUUGCCUGAUCUAUCUCAGGAUGUGAUGUGUAUGGGGUGACAAUGCCUGAGUUGCGAAGUGGAGCCAGGAGAUUGAGACGGCUUGAUGAUCUUCAGCCUUGUACACAACCACUUGAUCAAGGAGAAAAUUUGGCAGUGCCUGCCCCUAAUAGAACCAGAAGAAGGGUUGGUGGUGGAAGAGGAAGAGGUGGUAAUGCUCCGGCUGUAGCCAAAGGUCCCUCUGUGGUGAUUCCUGCUAGACCAACGGCUACCCGGAGAGGACGUGGAAUCAGAUUGAUAGACUUAGAUCCUGAGCUUUGUGAGGUUCUUCCUGAAGCUGGUGCCCUUGGUGCAGCGGAGCCUGUUUUCAAUCGAGUUGAGGCUGUUGCAAACAAAGAUAUGGCCAAAGAGGGUGGAAGUGCAGAUAAAGUAAUGGGAGUAGAAGAGGAAGCAGACACAUCCUCUGUUCCUGAUAGGGUAUUAUCCCUUGUCUUCUUAUGACCUCGUGCAUUUGUU